AUGUGGAAGCGGUUCCCCGAAUGCAUCAGUUUUGACAACACUUAUAACACCAAUCGCUUCAAGCUUCCCCUCUUCCAGGCCACUGGUCAGACCUGCCUGGGGACGGUUUUCAAUGCUGCCUUUGGCUUGAUUGAUAACGAGCGACGCGAGGGCUUCCAGUUUCUCGCCGAGGGGAUAAAGCAAUUGGUCGAGAAGCACUCAAUUCGCCAACCUACCGUUAUUAUCACCGACUUUGACGACGCGAUGAAGGCUGCCCUGAAUGACCAGUUCCCUGACGCCCAGCAGCAGCUCUGCAUCCACCACAUCAACUCGAACGUCAUACUCAGGGCGAAGCAGAAAUGGCUAAAGCUGCCUGUUAGCAGCAGCUCGUCCGAUAGUAGUACCAACGAAGAGGAUCCUGCCUCUCAGUCGCAAGCCAUGCUGAGCGCCGCCGAUAAGUCGCUCGUCAAUAGCACCUCUACCGACGAUAUCCCCCAUACCUAUCAGGGGGUCUUGAUCAUGUGGAAGUCCGUUCUCUUUGCCGAGACGGAAGAGACCCACGAGAAGGCGUGGAAGGCACUCUGCAAAGAGUUCAUGGACCAACGGCCUAUAUUACGCUAUCUAUUUGGAACGUAUAUGCCGGUCCGACUACAAUGGGCGCGCUGUUAUAUUCGCUGGUUUCAGAACUUUGGCAUCCGGGUCACGUCAGGCACUGAGGCAAGCAACAACAACGUUAAAAGCUACCUCCUUAAUGGCAUGAGCCACCUCUACCGGCUCGUAGAGGCUAUGCAGGAUAUGCUGAAAGACCAGGAGAGGGAUUUCCGAGACGCUUGCGCAAACGACGAGGUCCUUACUGACCGAGCGUACUUGGGUUCAAGCUCCGAGUACCUGGGGGAGCUCCGAACGGUAGUAUCCUCGAAGGGCCUUAUGUUAAUUCACAGGCAGUACCUUAUUGCUCGCAAGGCAAUGCCAACGGGGAAGACCCCGUACCCAGAGCCACUUGGCCCUUGUGAUAACAACUGCUCGGUCUCGAUUGAGCUUGGGAUUCCUUGCUCCCACAAGGUCCAUGCCAGGAUCAUGUCCAACGCGCCGUUCACGAAAUGGGAUGUCCACCCACGCUGGCGGCUCCGUCCAUCGAGCUCACGGAACCCAUAUCAACGAAUCCUUGAUCCCAAGAUUGCCACGUCCCUACGCGGCAGGCCCAGAAACACGGCACAGACUAUUCCAGCGCGCAUGGCAAUCGACGCUUCCAACCAUUUUGCUGACUUCCAGCCCAGUCAGCCCUCGGGUCGUAAACGGGGCCGACCGAAGGGGAGUCGUAAUAAGUCGACCCUGACAAGGAUUGAGAGUCUGGCUAGCCAGGCCAGCCCGGGAUUUAGCAGCCAAGUCACCGCCACGAGCCAACCGGCGAUCAGUCAGGCCAACGUCGCGACCCAGCCAUUAUUACGCAGUCAAUCAAGGGUGCUUGGGGCUGGAAAUACAACGGGGGUUCGUGCCAGCGGGCGGAGAACGCAGCCUAGCAUUCGAAGGACAAAGAGUCAAUGGGAGAUGCUUGAACAGAUUGAUGGCGAAGACGUAUUUGAUUCGAUUGUAGUAAGAGAAUAG